UCUACCCAUCUACUGCGAAAUGCUAUGCAAGCGCCGAAAAGAGUGUGAUUAACACGAAAUUACAGCGACACGUGCCACAAACUACUGUUUAAAUAGCAUUUACUCCGGAGCUGAUUAGUCCCACGUUGAGUAGAAGCGCGUAGAAACCUCGGAGCAGCACCUAAAGCUGUCCGUCCGGUUUGUCCUACAAAGAUUUGACAGCGGCAGGACUUCACCGCGCGGGCCUGACGCUCGGGGAGCUGGAGGAGGACGGCCUCCAGAGGACUUCACGACUCAAUACAGACUGCCCUUGUUGUAGCGGGAAGCAAGGUCAAACAUGAGGAAGGACGUGAGGAUACUACUUGUAGGGGAACCCAAGGUGGGGAAGACGUCGCUGAUAAUGUCUCUGGUUAGUGAGGAGUUUCCUGAUGAGGUUCCUCUCCGAGCUGAAGAGAUCACCAUCCCAGCCGAUGUCACCCCAGAGAGGGUGCCCACACACAUAGUGGACUACUCGGAGGCAGAACAGUCGGACGAGCAGCUGUACCAAGAAAUAUCAAAGGCAAAUGUGAUCUGCAUAGUUUACUCGGUCAACAACAAGAAGUCCAUUGAAAAGGUGACCAGCUACUGGAUUCCACUCAUAAAUGACAGAACGGACAAGGAUAGCAGGGUACCGUUGAUCCUUGUGGGCAACAAGUCGGACCUGGUGGAACACAGCAGCAUGGAGACCAUCCUGCCAAUCAUGAAUCAAUACCAGGAUAUCGAGACCUGUGUAGAGUGCUCUGCCAAAAACCUGAAGAACAUCUCCGAGCUGUUCUACUACGCCCAAAAGGCUGUUCUCCACCCGACAGGACCCCUGUACUGCCCAGAGGAGAAGGAGUUGAAGCCUUCUUGCAUUAAGUCGUUAACUAGAAUCUUCAAAGUGUCUGACCUGGACAACGACGGCAUCCUCAAUGACAACGAGCUCAACUUCUUCCAGAGAACCUGUUUCAACACGCCGCUGGCGCCUCAGGCCUUAGAGGAUGUAAAGAACGUGGUCAGGAGGAACAUGGCGGACGGAGUCAAGGACAACGGACUUUCACUUCAAGGCUUCCUGUUCCUGCACACUCUCUUCAUACAGCGAGGCCGACACGAGACCACCUGGACGGUGCUGCGGAGGUUUGGUUAUGACGACGACCUGGAGCUCACACAGGAGUACCUGUUCCCCAUGAUCAAGAUGCCCCCAGACUGCACCACAGAGCUGAACCACAAUGCUUACCUCUUCCUCCAGAGUGUCUUUGACAAGCACGACAAAGACAGGGACUGUGCGCUGUCGCCAGAGGAGGUGAAGGACUUGUUCAAAGUGUUCCCCUACAUGCCCUGGGGUCCCGACGUCAACCACACGGUUGGCACCAACGAACAGGGAUGGAUCACAUACCAGGGAUACCUCUCCCAGUGGACGUUAACAACAUAUUUAGAUGUCCAGCGUAGUUUGGAGUACUUGGGUUACCUUGGCUACUCUAUCAUCUAUGAACAGGAGUCCCAAGCUGCAGCCAUCACAGUGACGCGUAACAAGCGCAUCGAUCUGCAGAAGAAACAGACCCAGCGCAGCGUCUUCCGCUGCAACGUCCUGGGGGACCGAGGCAGCGGGAAGAGCGGCUUCCUCCAAGCCUUCCUGGGCAAGAACCUGCAGGGACAGAGGCGGAUUAGAGAAGACCACAAGUCCUUCUAUGCCAUCAGCACCACCUAUGUUUACGGUCAGGAGAAGUACCUGCUGCUCCAUGAGGUGAUGCCCGAUUUUGACUUCCUGUCCGAGGCGGACCUCGCCUGUGACGUGGUCUGCCUGGUGUACGACGUCAACAAUCCGAGCUCUUUUGAAUACUGCGCCAAAGUGUACAAGCAACACUUCAUGGACAGCAAGACGCCGUGCGUGGUGCUCGCCGCCAAGUCGGACCUGCACGAGGUACGGCAGCACUACAGCCUCUCGCCGCACGAGUUCUGCCGUAAGCACAAGCUCCACCCGCCCCAGCCGUUCACAUGCAGCAUGACCGACGCACCCAACAAAGACAUCUACACGAGAAUCACCACCAUGGCCAUGUAUCCCCACGCCCGCCUCCGCUGCAUGUGCGCCUCCAGCAGGUGCACGUACUGCCUGUGUCAGAACCUCCUCAAGUUGGAGCUGCUGCGCAGUUUUAAGGCCCGACUCCGACGGGUCCUGUUCAACAGGCACAUGGCUCAGGCCGACCUGAAGAACUCCACCUUCUGGCUGCGAGCGAGCGUCGGGGCGACGGUGUUCGCCGUGCUGGGCUUCGCCAUGUACAGAGCGCUGCUCAAACACCGGUGAUCGGACGGCUCCAGACCGCUGCUUCCUCCCCCCCCGUUGACUCUGCCUCCCCCACCCGAAAGACUCAAGAGCCUGGCUGCCUAACCAACCAGGCCCAUUGCCUCAGCCCCCAACCUCACCUCAUCCCCUUCCCACAAUGCAACACGAGCAAGAAACAACUGAGUAAAAUCGUAGGUAAAUUUUUAUAUGCAUAAAAAAAAAAAAAGUGGGGUUUUGUUUUGUUUGUUAAAGUUGUGGGAAAAGGAGCCGGUCACAUUGGAGAUCUCGUGUCCAUCGCUCACUUGGUAAAUGCUGACUGGAAUUCUGUGAUCUGUUGGUCGAGUCUAGUCCAGACAUUUCUAGUCACUGGAGGUUUCCAGCUGAUCCAGUCCUUGUUUUCUCAGGUCAGUAUUAUUAGUGAUGGUUGGAGAGCAGAGCGAGGCGGCCAUACACAGCACCACCACAAAGGGACUUGACCCUGUUAAUAGAUGUGCAUAUGCAGUAUAUUAUGUAUGUAUUCUUCAAAGAUUUUAGGAUUGGACCCGUAGGCCGCAUCAAAAGCCAGAGGCAACACCUGACAGGCGUUAGAGGUACAUGUUACACGAGGACGAUCACGAUUGGCAUGCACUUGUUUAUUUUGUGUGUUAAUUUAUUAACCUGUUUUGUUGACUGUUUCGCGUGAAGCAGUCUGAGGGAUUUAUAUUUUCCAUGUAUUUUUGUAUUUAGUAUUCUCGCUGUCUGAAGCGGUGUGUCAUGAUCUUCGGCUUCUGUUUUUAUUUUAGAGUUUGAAUAAAUGUCCCUCAUGUUAUAUUUUCAUGAAGUUAGAAGCGCCCUAGAGCAACAGAUUCUGCGACUAACAAACAGCCAUUCGGUGCACCUCUCCCACCUUAACAUGAUGAAAGUGCUUCUUUUUCUCCAGCAUUUACACUAAAGACAUAGUUUGAUGCGGCGCGGCCGUGUAUGCUUAUUAUUGGCUGACAUGAAGCCUAAUUUAACAUCAACACCGGAAAAGAAAUGGUUUUAAAUAUCUGUAAUAAAUGACAUUUUCACCCAC